AUGCACGUGUCAUCACCGCAGAGGGCAAAGUCUGAGGCCUCGCAGCCGCCCAACGGCAGCCCACCCCUCUCCUCCUCCGAGCCAGCGGCCGUACACCUGUACGACCUCGAUACCGUCUUUCUCUCCAAGACCGUCAUCUCUUUGACCGACGUCUUCACGAACUCCACAGAUGGCCCCUUCGACCUGUCGCCUCUGUGCGCCCCGCAGCAGCAAGGCGUGGAGGAGCAGCAGCGGCUUCAACAGGCAGCUGCCACAACAGCCUCGUCCCCCUCCACAGGUGAUGCGCACUGCUCGCCUUCAAGCGGUGCAACACAUGCGCACAUGUGCUCAACAAGUCUGCCAUUCUCUGGCGGAUCGACGCUGCGACCGAAGGCCGUGGCACGCGGCGCGGACGGACAGUGGCGCACCGUCUCUACUGACCGCGGUGCGCCUGCGAGCUCCGCCUUCACAACUGCCUGCAACAAGCCGCCGUCGCAGGAGGCUCACGCACGAAUGCUGCUCGUCCCGCUCGACUCCUACCACUUCCUCCUCACCUACCACGACGUCGAUGUGGCCGGGCAGUUGCGCGGCCGCUGCGACAAGCAGACCGCGAUGGCGACCAUGGAGCGCCUCUCCGCCGCCUCGCCUGGAUGCCGCCCCCCGCGCAGCGGCAUCUGUGUGGUGCGACGCUUAGAGGGGGAGCAGCGGGGCGCCACCAAGGCAUCUUCAGCCGCCACGGCAGUGCUAGCAGGCGCCGCAUCCGCAACGCGUCCCACCCUCUCCCGCAUCGCGCACGGCCUGCCGCUGGACGCCUUCGAUGGUUGGGUACGCGACUACACCGUCUACGGACUGUCGUGCAACGAGGCGGUUCUGCGUGCGGCGUGGGAAGACAAGGCGCGCGAGCGCGCCGAGGGCACUUUGGCAAUGCCGGCUGGGGCCGUGGUGGAGGUUGGAGAGUCGGCGGCACCUGGACACGAAUCGGCAGGUGGAGGCGGAAGCGGCGAAGAGCGCCGUGUUACGGGCGGCGGCAACAGUCGUGGCGACAAUGUCGGUGGCGUCCACAUCAGUGUCCCGCCUGCAAGCGGUAGUAGCGCAGAGGCGACGGUCGAAGGAGCGGCAGCACUGGCGCCGCAGCUGUCUGAUGCGCCAUCGGUGUUGGUGCCCACCGAUGGGGCCGCGGUGGGGGAGGGCAAGGACGCGGCCACAUUCGCAUCUCCUGAUGCAGCUAGAGCGGCGAUGCUCUCCCCUUCGUUGGAUCGACUACACUGCAGCAGCACCACAAGCUCCUCAUCAACCGCCACGCCAACCCCAUCGCCGCCCACCGAAAGGAGCGAGGAGGGUGGCAAAGUCGGUGGCACCGUGUCAACCACGAUGUCAGCUUCACCGGCGUCCACCGCUGCACAGCAGCAGCAGCAGCAGAACGAUGUGCUGUGGGAAGAAGAGCGACAGCGCACGCAGCGGGCGGCAGCGCAACUACGGCACCGCUUCCUCGUCUCUGACAGUGCGCAGCACGCCCUCUGGGCUCUGGAAGUGCAUCUCCCUGCCAUGAAGGUGCGCGCGGUUUCACCUGCGGAGUUCUACGCGCUGGAGGUGGAAGAGAGCGACGAGGAGGAGGUGCCAGCAGCUGCCAGGCACAGCGAGGAUGAUGGCAACGAUGGUGACCAUGAAGCAUCGGCGACACGCUGCGCUGCAGAAACACGAGAGGAUCCUGCUGAUGCACCUCCACCGGGACUGGCGCUUCCUCGCAGGAAGACAACGUCUGCAAUCACGCGCGGCCGCGCGGCCGUCUCAGGUCACCGCGACUCUGUCAAGGGCACGCCCGGCACCGACGCAUCGCGGCCGCGCUCGCCAUCGCCGGCAGAUCCGUUAGCGACCGCCGACACCGACGAAGCAGACCACCGUGGUGACUCCAGACCCGACGGCAGUGACGCGCGUCGCUCCUCCACGUCGGUGGCGACGCACCACGCUGGUGCGAGCUGUAGCACACGGCGCUGCGGCCGGUCCGCCUCCUCGGCAAGUCCAUCGCUUGCCAUGGUGAAGGCGAUGCCCACGCCACUGAUAGGCGGCGCGCGCGGCUUCGUCGAUGGACACUUCAGCGUUGCUCGCUUUAAUUCGCCGGGGUCGCUGUGCUGGCGCAUCGACGAAGACGAUGAGGACGACAGCGAGAAGGACGUCGCUGGUGGUGGAAGCGAAAGCGGAGAUGCCAUCGACCAUGCCGUGGCAGCAGCGUCGGAGGCGAAUCAUGAGCUGGGAGGCCGGGCGCGCACCAGGCACGGCCGCGUCGACCCUGUUUCGUACCUUCGCCGUCGCCGCCGCUGCACUGUUCUCUUCAUCAGCGACAUGGGCAACUGCGCGAUUCGGUACGCCAACUUCCACAACCGCCUCGUGCGCACCAUCACGGGCGUGGACGGCGUCCCUGGCUACCGAGAUGGCAGUUGCGUGUCGUCGCUCUUGCGUGGAGCGACAGCACUGGCCUGGUGCUCCGCUGGCCUGCUCUUCACAGACGGGGCGAACAACGUCGUACGGCUUGUCACGAACAUCCGCAAGCGUGGCAGCGGUGAGAGCACAACAGAAGAAAGUGCCGGCAUCCCGCUAGCACGCAGCGCCACACGCGCGACUAAGUCAGAGGUGCAAAGGCCGGGCGAGCUUGAGGUGCACCACGAGACCUCGGCAGCAACAGAACAGCCGCGCUGUGUCGGGGACAAGCCGGCUGGCGACUCGCUCGACACCUGCCUUGCCACAGCAACGGAGUCCCAGGACGGAGCGGUGCGAGAACUGCCGCCCACACCGCCGUCAUCGGGCUCUCGAACACCUACGCGUGAAGGGGCGCUGCCGUCAUCGACAUGGAAGCGCGACGGCCCGGCGGCCGCGAUGCCGCGUGUUUGGACGCUGGCAGGUUGCACAAGGACCACCGAUGCUGAUCAGCACGCACACGCGGAUGCAAGUCUGGCAUCCUACGUCGACUGCGCCGUCCCGUCGCGAGCACGUUUCGGCUACAUCAGCGACAUGGCCUUGUGGACCGACGAGACUGGCGACACGCAAGUGCUGCUAGUUGACCAGACCCACCACGCCCUCCGCAUCCUGGACGUACACGGCGGUGUCUCCACCUACGUCGGGCCCUUGGACUACGAGGUGACGAGCAUGGCUUCGCCGUCAACGACGAGCACCCCAGCGGCCGAUUCCCUGCCACUAGGACUUGUGUUUCCGUGCUGCUUAACUGUUAGCGCGCUCAUCAAAGAGCGAUCCCCGGCGCUGCUGAGCGCCGCCGCUACCACCGCCGCUGCCACCAUGAUCACCCCUCAGCCCUACCUCUGCUCGUCCAGCCCGCUGCUCUUCACGGCAAGCGCCAUAACAGGCGCCGUGUCGGUGCUGCUGCCCAUCUCGCAGCGCAGUGCUCAGACACCUUGGAACGUGCACGAGAACCAGCACCGACUCAAAGCCGCGGAGACUAGAGAAGGAGACGGCACGUGCAACGGCGGCCAUGACGAUGCCUCGAUGUUCGCCACCAUCCGUGGUGCGCUUGAGCUGGGCGUGGCCACCGAAGGUCGCCGCAUCAUCGGCGAAGCCGCCGCGCCCUCUCUCAAGCACGUGGUGGUAGGGUGGGCCGCGGACGAGGCUGACGGCGACGGGGUGGAGAGCGCACGCGCAGCGCGUCGGCUGUUGCGGGUGGCGAGUGCGCAGCAAGCCUCGCAGUAUCUUCGGCUGCGCUUCCCGUGGCUACUGCCGCCGUCCGUGCAGCAGCUGAGUACGCGCCUCGUUGCUGGCUGCACCUGUCAUGUAUCCGGCAAGCGUCGCGGCGCCGCAGCCGCCGCCCCGGCAGCUGCACGCAACGCGGUAGGUCUUCCUUGCAACACCGGCAGCGACCGCCAAGGCGUUGGUGCGUCCUCGGGUGUACCGCCGAACUGCACCAAGCGGGAAAGGGGAGGCGUGGCCACGGCAACUUCGACCUCGCAGCAGCGGCGACGAGUGCUCUUUCAAAGUCCCCCGCGCCAUCCUCCGAUCAUGACGCCCCGGUGCCCACCAGCCCAAACAGACGCAGCCGUGGCCGCAGCGGCGAAGGAGUUGGGGGCGCUGUUGCUCGAGCCGGCCCUGCUUUCCGCUACACCACCGCGCAUGGUGGAGGUCCUCGACACGCACCUCGGUGUCGGUGGUGAUGGUGUUGCGGCAGGCGAUCCAGAGGCGCUUUAUGCGAGUCGCAGCAGCCCACCCCGUGCCGUGUCGCCGCGGAGCUCCGACAUCGACCCCAACAUCGAGGAGGGCGAAGGCGGCUCGCGACGAAGCAGCACCAGCAGCAACCCUCUGCAGCCGGAGGGUAACGAAGAGGAGGAGCAGAAGGCUGUCGGUGGUGAUGUGGGCGGUGGCCGCGCGGCGGCGAAGUGGCUGGCACCACCGCUGAAGAGCGUCUCUCGCUCCCCGAGCGGCAGCAGAAGCGGGGGACAGCAGCAGCCUAUCGACCCUGCCACGUCUCCCUUAGCGCCGCCUUCGCUCACCUACGCCGGGCGAUUCCAAGAGUGGACGCCAGAGCAGCGCCAACAGCGUCUGCGCAGCACGCAAGAGAUCCCCAUCUCCACGACGAGCGUCCGCAGAAGCCCAUGUGGGUCACCGUGUGCGCUGCACAAGCAGCAGCAGCAGCAGCAACAACAAGGGGAAGAGGAUGAUGGCAGUCCUUCACAAUUGUGCCAGUCCGCAGCCCGUGGGCCGCCGCCGCUGUCGUCGUCGCGCCCGCGUGGCGAGCGAGCCGCAUCCCCAAACAACCUGAGCGGUCGCGGCAGCCCACCGCUGACGCCGCGAGCGAUGGUGGCGCACCAGCUCAUGCAGCGCCGCCGCACCAGUCGAAGUAGCACUGCCCCGCAUGCUGCAUCGGUAGAGGGUGGUGCGAGAGGGUCAAUCAAGUGUAAAAGAACGGCCGCCGCAGAGGUCUAUGAUGACAUCAGCCCAAUAGCGCAGGCGCCGCAGCAGCCGGAAGGCUCGCAAGGUCGUGCCGCGCCUGUGGAACCACUAGCGAUGCCAGCUGUCCCUGAUCGACACCUCCUGCAGCUGUAUUGCGCAGAUCGGCUGUUGCACGACGCCUACGAUGCGGCAGUGCGUCGACUGUUCCGUGUCUACAGUUAUCUGGCGACCAAGAUCGUUACGACGACGACGACAACGACAAGGAGCGCUGCACCUUCAGCAGCAGGAGUCGGUGGAAGUGCGGAGCCGCGAAUCGCUGCGGUGGGAAGUCGCCGUGGCAGAGCGCCGUCGCCGUGGGCCACGCACCGGCCUCGCCAGGUGGAGCAGUACACCAUGUCCUUUGCGGCCUUCUUUCGAUUCGUCGUGCUCACCGGAUACGCCGACUACCUCGCCGAGGUGGCCGUUGCGGCGGUCACCGCGGCGGCGACGGGCGCGCCAGGCAAAGACAGCGCCGGUGCUCACGCAGAAGCCCGUGCGAGCAGCUCGCCGUCACCGGUGUCGCUGAUGUGUCGACUUAGCCAAGUGCAACAGCGGCGAGGCGGCAGCAGCUGCGGCGCCGGGACACGGCGAUGGAGUAGCGCAUCCGCGUCCCCGCCGACAGCGCCACCCGGGGCGGCAACCGCAGUGACAUCGUCGACCUCGCCUUCCAGGCACCCUACCCCCUCCGACGUGCUAGUGGUGCCGCUGGCCACCACUGACGCCCGCGCCAUUGCGGCGGUGCUGUACGCGUGCGGUGUGCGCCAGAAGGGCUACCAUACAUUGACGCAGAUGGACUUCCAGAGUUUUCGAAGAGCCGCGCUGCUGCUCCACACGUGGACGCGUACGGCGACCUGCGCAGAAGCGGCGAGGAUGAGCGGGACAGCGGACGAUGACGGUGUGCACAGCGGCCGAUGCAGCGCUCACCGCCAGGCUAGCAGGCGGAACGGCACGGAUGCCGCCGCCUUCGCCUACGUGGACACCGUUCCCUCACUAGAUGCCCUCACGUCGGAGGAGGUGGUGGUUGCCUACGCGGCCGUGUACGAGCGGGCUGUCCGCUGCAUCCCGGCCCUGGCGAUGUCGUUUGCAGCAGACGGCACCAGCAGAGAGGAGGAGGCGAACCGCAACGUGGCCGAAGCGCGCGACGAGGCCAGGCAGCGUAGCGCUGUGUCGCGGCAAGGCCGCCCAGCGAGCUCGAUGCGCACAUCAGACAGAGCCCCAUCACUGCUCGUGGCUGUGGGCACUGGCUCGCCAGGCGCGACGUCGUCGCACCCAAGCAGUUCCGAGGCUGCGAUGGGUGGCAGUCAUCACAGUGGCGGCGGUGCUGGUGGCAAAGCGGCAGGCGUAGAUGAGGCCGUCACCCCGCCUGUGUCGCCCAUCGCCACCGCAGGAGCUGCCGAUGACUUGUCCUGUUUCGCCCUAGAUGGUGGUGACGUAGCCAUUCUCUUCCCACCCGGCGGGCUUACACCGCACGAAACCCUCGCCCUCGAUGAGCUUCUGCGCCUCCUGCAGCGCAACGAAUCGACCCUGCGGCAGCUCUUUGAGGCUUACAGCGUGCCAAUCACCGUGCACCGCUCACCGCAGUACGAGGCUCCGUCGUCCGCAGCAGCCGCAACCUCGAGCCCGAGCUCAUUGCUCACGAGUAGUCCUGAACUCUCGCUGGUCCUCGGCGACGGCGGGACGGCAGUGGCACGGCAGCCGCGACACACGUCAGGGAAGCCGUUGGCGUCGGUACAUGUCGACGCAUCACCAGGAGCUGCACGCCAUCCGGUGGUCGCGCACCGCAAUCGCCAGUCUGCGGCCAGAGCUCGCGCCAAGUCGUCUGCAAUGGCCGCUGCGGCAACAGCAGUAGCACCGCUGGACGUUGUGCACGACUCCACCGACCUGUCUGGCGUCUCGGCACGGCAGCAAGACGUAUCAUGGAAGGUGCAGCAGCUCUACACCAUGAGCGCUGUCGAGAACAAGGAAGCCUACGAGCGCACGAGUCGCGUGCUGCGUGUGAUGCCCUUUAAGCUGUUUGUAGAUCUCUGGCGCACACUGGACGUGUUCCCUUCGCUGAUGGGCACGGGGGCGAUGCAGCAGGUGUUUGGCGAUGCGCUCACCACGCCCUUGCUUCGCGGCUUAACGUCGUCACCAGGGAACACAUCGGGCGCGCUGCUUCAAGCGCAAGAGCAGCCACCACGACCGUCCUGCACUCGCUCUGAUGUCCUACCCAGCAGACGCACCGUCGAGCUGUUGUGCGCGCAUGGCGGGCUGCCCUACGCCUGCUUCGUCGAGUCCUUUGUCCGUGUGGCCCUCGUCGUCUUCUCCCAUACGGUGGAUCGGAUUGCCUACCCGACGGCCACGGCGAAGACUGCCGGAUUAAUGCAGUGGUGCAACAAGCAAGUCACUCUAGGCCUAGUGGCGAAGCGAGUGCAGCAGCAACUCCGUGUCCUGGUAGCCGGGGGGCGCGGAUCGAGCAGGAGAGCCUCGAUGGCGCCGUCUGCAGCAGCGGCAGCGGCAUCAGCGUCAUGUGCAACGCGAGCCGUGGGCGUCUUUCCCGACCAGCUGCGGCUCUUCCGCGUACCAACAGCGCCAAAGGCGAGCACCGCACCACCAGGGACAGGUUGA